GAGUAUAUGAUAAUCUCAUCUUCUUCUCCAACAUAUUUUCAUAAUCUAAGAGCUCAGAUCAGAUCAGCACAGCAGCAAGAAAUGGCAUCCUCCUCCACUCUGUACUCCACCCCAACCUUGUCACCCAGCAUCCAGAGGGGUGGUUUGAGCCGCAUGAUCACUCCAUCCAACAUAUCCUUCCAAGGCCUCAGGCCCCUCACCAAGCUGAAGCAGCCCACAACCAAGCUGAGCACGCUCACUUCCACCACCCCCAAAAGGAGCAUUGUGAAGGCAGAGGCGCUCAACCCAUCGCUGGUGAUAAGCCUCAGCACAGGGCUCUCCCUCUUCUUGGGGAGGUUCGUCUUCUUCAACUUCCAGAGGGAGAACGUAGCGAAGCAGGUGCCUGAGCAGAACGGCCUCACGCACUUCGAGGCCGGCGACACUCGGGCCAAGGAGUACGUUAGCCUCCUCAAAUCCAACGACCCAGUUGGCUUCAACAUCGUCGACGUCCUCGCUUGGGGUUCCAUCGGCCACAUCGUUGCUUACUACAUCUUGGCCACUUCCAGCAACGGCUAUGAUCCCAAGUUCUUUGACUGAUUUUUUUCACCGUCCUGAUCUGAUCUGAUCUGAGUCUACGCCACCCCAUUGUUAAUUUUCCGUUUAAUCGCUCGAUCUGUCUGCAACUUUGUAAUAUGUAUAGUUUAUUUUUAGCUGGGGAGGUUUCUUUUUUGUCUUUUGGUUUCAUUUCCAUAUAUGUUUGAAUGUUUGAUUCAUGGGUUUGCAACUUUGCAUGGAGAAGUGGUUAACAAGAAUUGCAGAAGAAGGAAAAACAGAGCGUGAAAGAUGGAGAGAAAAGAAUUCUCGAUUGAUUUCAUGCACUUGAGUGCUAUUUUAAUGUUAUCUGGUAGAUCGAGGGUUGUGCUUU